GGACAAUGUUUGUAGAUUUGAAGUGCUUCAAAACACCAUUCACAAAUUUUAUGUGAAGUGUAUGAAGCUUAUCUAGUCAAAUCCAGACCAGAUUCACGAAAAUGGAAAAAUGGUUGAAGAUCAGCUUGUUGUUGAGUUUGUUCGGGUUUUUCAAAGAGACUCGACCGUCCGAGCCUUAUGUUUAUGAAUACCUUUCGGGAAAUUGGACGAACAUUUCUGGGGAAGAUGUCAGUGAGGAUGUUUUUACCGUUGGAACUUAUGUUAGCACACCGCUGGUUGUUGUUGCGUUUCUGAUAACUGACCUAAUGCGAUACAAACCUCUCAUCAUACUGUGUGGAGUUUUUGGGAUUGUAGUAUGGAGCAUGUUGAUUUGGACACCUACUCUUCUGAUGAUGCAGCUAAUGGAAGUUUUCUAUGGAGCCUUUAUUUCCUGCGACAUAGCUUAUUUCACAUACAUGUAUGCGAAAGUAGAUAAAGAACAUUACCCACAGGUUACGUCAAAUACACGUAUGGCCUAUCUUCUUGGACGAUCGACUUCAGGGAUUUUGGGGCAAGUUCUUUCAACAUAUGAUAUUAUGGAUUACAAGGAACUGAAUUAUAUUACAUUAGGAGCGAUGAUGUUUGCCACCAUAACUUCUCUAUUUCUCCCAUCAGUACAGAACACGAUAUAUUUCCACAGAGCUGAUAAUUCCGAAGAAAAAUUGACGAAAGGCGAAAAAAACAAGGCAGCUUUCAAGCUUAUGGGAACUUUCUUCAAGGAGUCGUAUUCCAACAGUCUUGUCAUCAAAUGGUCGAUUGUAAAUGCGGUGUCUGCAUGUGGAUUUGGCCUAGUAGAGACAUACAGCCAAACAUUAUGGAGCGAAAUAAACAAAAAAGAUAACAUCACCCUUGGCAACGGCAUCGUAAUUUCCAUAUACACUUUGAUAGGCGUGAUUGGAUCAUUUUUCGCAGGAUAUUUCAAAAUUGAUUGGUCCAAAAGGAACAUACUCCUUUUUGUAGCGUAUUUUUCAAUUUCUGGAGCACUGAUCAUUUAUACUUCUCAAACGCAUUACGUUUAUGUUAGUUACGCCGUUUAUGCGAUAUUUGGUGGUUUAUAUCAAUUUAUGACAACUGUUGCUUAUUCGGAAAUAUGUCAGAGAAUACCUCCAGAUAGUUACGGCCUUAUUUUGGGUAUUAACACUUUCAUCGCUCUGGUUCUACAGUCGUCCAUUGUGUCUAUUGUUAUCAAAAUAUGCCAUGCUCCUGUAAGACUUCAAUAUUUGAUAUUUGGCUCAUGGCAUAUUUUCAUUCUGGUUAUGUUCGUUAUUUAUGAGAUAGUAUCUAGAAUUAUAACCAAUAAACAGAUAUAGAUGAAACAACUAUCACUAACAAUUUCAAUUGAAUUAAUAGAUUUUUGGUAUUAUAUAUUAAAUUAUUUGUUUAUCUAA